AUGUACCAGAGCAGCGUGAGGCUCUUCCACUGCUCUGAAUGCUUCCACACCUGUAAGGACUUCAGCAAGCUGUACAAACACAUCAUCGCCCGGCACUGCAUGGUGGAGAAGGAGGAAGAGGGAGGAGGAGGAGGAGAGGAGGGGCAGGAAGCAGAGGAGGUGGAAGGAGGGAAGGAUGAAGAAAAGCUGGAGGAGAAAGCAGCUGCUGAAAGGAAGCAGGGUGAGAAAGAGGAGGGAAAGAUGAAGAGUGAGGAGGAAGAGGAGAUAAAGAAGAAUGAGGAGGAGAGGAAGAACGAGGAGGAGAAAGAGGAGGGAAAGAUGAAGAGUGAGGAGGAAGAGGAGAUAAAGAAGAAUGAGGAGGAGAGGAAGAACAAGGAGGAAGAGGGGAAGAGGAAGAGUAAGGAGGAGGAGCAGUGUGAGAGGAAGGCCGGUGAGGAAGAGAAGCAGUACGUUCUGACGUUCGACGGCGUUCUGUUCCACUGUAAGAUCUGCGGCUGGAGCCACAGGCAGCGCUCUGUCUCCGUCAGCCACAUCGUUCGCAAACACGAGAUCCCCAAGAGUUACGCCAGCCACGCCCUGGCCAAGAGCCGGCAGCUGCAGACGGGCCGGGCCGAGGAGGAGGACGGCGCCGGGAUGAGCGAGGAGCUGAUGAAGGAGGAGAUGGAGGUGGCGGCGCGGUGGGUGGGCUCCGUCUCCCACCGCUUCGUCUGCCUCGUCUGCAACUGGAAGAGCAAACUGAAAGGCUUCGUUCUGACCCACAUAGAGCGCCACCACGAGGUGGAGCGGCCGUACCGCUGCAGCUCCUGCCCCCAGAGCUUCUUCCUGCCCAGCCGGCUGCAGCAACACGCCCGCACCGCCCACCGGCCCGGCCGCUACGCCUGCCCCUUCUGCUGGUUCCGCUCCGAGGUCCUGGGCGGCUUCAGGAGGCACUGCAGCCGCUGCAGCGCCCGCGAGGAGGAGGAGCUGCCGGGGGAGGAGGAGGAAGAGGAGGAAACGAAGGAGCCGGAGCUGGAGGAGAGGAAGGAGACCAGAGGGAUGAGGAGGCGCAGGAGCCUGGGGAGGAGGAUGGAGGAGGAAGAGCUGGAGGAGGAAGAUGAUGACUAACACUAAUAAACUAGAAACAUCUCCAUUUUCUAUAAAAACUCUGUGAGUGAUGUGAGCUGAAUGUUUCUGGGGAAAAAUGUAGAAACAUUUGAAGUCAAAUGUAGAAGAAAUAAACAGAAGCAGCAGAAUAAACUAAAAUCCUGCAAAAC